CUCCAACUGCUCAACACACUUGCGUUUCUGUAAAACCCCAAAAUCAAACACCACCCAUGAGUAUCCCAACUCCAAGAUACCCUCCAUUAAAACCUCCUCAACUAAUCCAAACAAUAACCACUCUCCUAACAUCCUCAAAAUCCCUUCCAAAAUCAUCUCUUCAACCUUACAUUCCUCACCUAACACCUCCCAUAAUCCACUCUAUUCUGUCUUCCCCUACGCUCCCUUCCUCCACCCUCUUCUUCUUCUUCCAAUGGUCCCACACACACAUCCCUUCUUUCUCCACCCACCCCCUCCCCCUCACCCCCCUCCUCCCUCUCUUAUCAUCCCUUUUCUCUCGUCAACAAUUUCAACUCGCUCGUUCGCUUCUCCUUACUUUUAUUCCAUCUGAUCACCCCCAACACGUCCUUCACCGUCAUCUCCUUCACCCCAUUGACUCAUUUCCUCAACCCUCAACUGCCCUUUUGGAUACUGCUAUUGGUGCUUAUUGCCAAUGUGGGAAACCCCAUCUUGCACUUCAGGUUUUCAAGAAAAUGAAGCGUUUACGCCUUUGUCCCAAGUUGCUGACUUUUAAUACUUUGAUUAAUGCUUUGGUAAAGUACCCUUCUACUCACUCUGUUGAUUUGUGUAUUGAGUUGUUUAAUGAUGUGGUUAAGCUUGGUUUUGUCCCGAAUACGAAUACUUUUAAUAUUUUGAUUAGAGGGUAUUGUUUGGUUUGUAAGUAUAAGGAGGGGAAGCGAUUGUUGGAUAGGAUGAGUGUUGAGUUUGGAUGUGUCCCGGAUAAUGUGAGUUAUAAUACUAUAUUGGAUGGAUUGUGUAAGAAAGGUAGGUUGAAUGACGUUAGGGAUUUGUUGUUGGAUAUGAAGGGUAAAGGUCUUGUACCGAAUAGGAAUACGUAUAAUAUUUUGGUACAUGGUUAUUGUAAAAUGGGGUGGUUGAAGGAUGCUGCUCAGGUCGUUGAGUUGAUGACGCAGAAUAAUACUUUGCCUGAUGUUUGGACUUAUAAUAUGUUAAUUGAUGGUUUGUGUAAUGAAGGAAGGAUCGAUGAUGCGUUUAAGAUUCGGGACGAGAUGGUAGGGUUGAAACUGUUGCCUGAUGUGAAAACUUAUAACACCCUGAUCAACGGGUAUCUUGAUAGUAAGAGAAGUUCAGAGGCCUUUGAUCUGAUUGAAGAGAUGAAUAAGAAGGGGAUCAAGUGUGAUGAAGUUACUUAUAAUACAUUGAUUAAAUGGUAUUGCAAGGAAGGGAAGAUGGAAAAAGCUAGAGAGGUGCUUCAAACGAUGGAAGAAGGUGGUUUAUGUCCAGAUUGUGUCUCCUAUAACACUUUGAUAACUGCAUAUUGUAAAGCAGGAAAUCUACCAGAGGUUUUGAGGAUAAUAAAACGAAUUGGCGAAAAAGGUUUUAAAAUGGAUAAUUUUUCUCUCAAUACAAUGCUUCAUACUCUAUGUCAAGAAAGGAAGCUUGAUGACGCGUACCAGUUGCUCUGUGUUGCUCAUACCAGGGGCUAUCUUGUUGAUGCAGUAAGUUAUGGCACUCUUAUUGCUGGCUACUUUAGGUGUGGAGAUAUGGAAAAAGCUCUUAAGCUUUGGGAUGAGAUGGAAGAGAGAGAGGUAAUUCCCACUAUUGUCACUUACAACAUCGUAAUUGGAGGGCUAUGUAAAUCGGGUAAAACUCAGCAGGCAAUUGCUAAACUGAAUGAACUUUUGGAGAAGGGUAUAAUGGCUGAUGAAAUAACAUAUAAUACUAUUAUUCAUGGAUACUGCUGGGAGGGGAACAUUGAAAAAGCAUUUCAAUUUCACAACAAAAUGGUUGAGAAUUCUUUCAAGCCUGAUGUAUAUACAUGCAACAUUCUUCUUCGGGGACUUUGUAGGGAAGGCAUGCUUGAAAAAGCCAUUAAGCUCUUUAAUACGUGGGUUGAUAAAGGGAAGACCAUUGAUGUAGUAACUUAUAACACCUUGAUAACAGCUCUUUGUAAAGAUCAAAGACUCGAUGAUGCUCUGGGUCUUGUUGCUGAAAUGGAAGAGAAAAAUGUCGAACCUGAUAAGUACACGCAUAAUGCUAUUGUUGGUGCACUUACUGAUGCUGGAAGGCUUAAGGAAGCAGAAGAAUUUAUGUCUAAUCAAAGACCAUCUGAACAGCAGUUGCAAAUGGAUAACAGGGAACAUAAACUCACAGAUGAAUCUUCAAAUGAACUAGAUCCAAGUUCAAUUGCUUAUUCACAACAGAUUGAUGAGCUUUGUGCGGAGGGAAGAUACAAAGAUGCGAUGCUUAUCUAUGCACAAGUCACUCAGAGAGGUAUUGCUCUACAAAAGUCUACUUAUUUCACUCUGAUAAAAGGACUGAUCAAGAGGAGAAAAAGUAUAUCGAAGACAGGUUGAUAGUGACCCCAAAAGCUGAGUAUGAUGACUUCAGUUUCUAUCACAUAUAAUCAUGCCCGGUAUGCAACACUGCAAGGAACCAGGACGGUGAACCAUUCGCUUUUCCAACAUCAGAUUGGCAUUUGUGGGUGUUCUCCUGUGAUCCUUUUAAAUUUGAUCACCAAUGAUGACCUUUGUUCAUGUUUGGAAGCUUUUAAUGGAUUACAGGGUAGCAAAGGGGGAUGUUGCAUGGCUAUGAAAUCUUGCUGUCUUAUUGAUGCAACUCUGACAAGAAAGAAAAGAAGGAAAAAAGAAA